UUUCUUUCUUUCUUUCUUUCUUUCUUUCUUUCUUUCUUUCUUUCUUUCUUUCUUUCUUUCUAUUACCCCUUCACUCUUGAUCCAAGGACCCUACAUACAUAGUACAUACAUACAGUUGAUCAGAUCUCUCCUCCCCUCGCCCGCAAUCUGAUCAAGACAAACUCCGUCGUCCUUUGUUCCCCGUCCCCACAUUCAAGCAACCUGGCAAAAAAAAAACACGAUGCAAUCCGUACAAAGACAUUUCGGUAAAUUGAUGAAAAGAUCCGCCGACGACAGUCAGGUUUCCAUUCUAUUGAAAGAUUUCGACGAAGCAAAUAAAUUGUUAGGCAGAAUCGUUGAUUCUACUAAAGCCUGGCGAGAUGCUUGGUCUUCUCUACUCACUUACCAGGCGCGCAUACUCAGCGAAUUCGAAGGAUUAUACGCGCCCAUCAUCGCCUCCUCUGACUCCUCCACAGCCGACAAGGCCGUCCAAACGCCCCGGGAAACAUUGGCCCGAACCGCUAACCUAGCUCAAGAGUAUGAAGAGCUACAGAGCGAACUCCUUCAGGAGCUUGAGGCCAUCAACGAUCGUAUGAUUAAGCCCGCCACGCAGGCUAUGGAUUACAUGAAGCCGUUGGAAAAGACAAUCAAGAAGCGGGAUGAUCGAAAGUUAGAUUACGAGCGUUACCAAGGUCGCGUCGACAGCUACUCGAAAAAGACGAAGCGAUCGGACCGAGACAACACAGCGCUGACUAAAGCCGAAAGCGAUCUCGCAAUAGCAACAGAGGAAUACCAAGCCUCAGACGAACACCUCCGAAAAUGCCUACCACCAGUCAUAACUGCCGCAUUCUCACUGCUCCCUAGACUGUUAGCCACGCAAGUCGAGAUCCAAAACACCAUGCUAGCACACUACUACACCGUGGUCCAGAACUUCUGCGAACAGGAGCACUUCCCCUCACCCUCCCCACCAAUGGAACAAAUAAUCCAAGACUGGGAGCAUGCCCACCUCCCCACACAACAAGAAGUCGAAUCCCUAGGCUGUAUUGCCAACGGAAAAGCAGUGCGUCUAUCCCCAGGAUCACCCGACGACCAACGCAACGGACACAGCAGCCGUCUCCCAAACGGCCUCAACUUCCGUCGACCCUCAAGCAGCAAUGCCUCGACCGUCGGCCCUACAUCUACAUCUACUUCUACUUCUACACCAAGUCUCCAGCCCCCAAUCUCGCCAGGCCGCAGACUCUCCGCCCCAUCCGUGCAUGACACAAAACCAACCCCAGUAAUGGCAACCAAACCCCGUCUCAACAGUCUCGCCUCAUCCCCAUCCUCAACUCUCACCGUCCCAACAACCCAUCUCUCCCCGCAAACCCCCGCUUCAGCCUCAGCUUCCUCCCCAGCCGAAUCCUACGUCUCUACCCGAACAGACUAUUUCAGCCGAAAUCAGCAUCCCUCUGACAGCGCAGCCACAUCCCCGGGAUAUAGUGUGCUCGCAGCUGCGAAGAAGAAGCCCCCGCCGCCGCCUCCGAAACGGAUCGGCUCGAAUCAGGGGUUGUUUGUCACGGCUUUGUAUGACUUCGGUGGGCAGAGUGCGGGGGAUCUUGCCUUUCGGGAGGGGGAUCGGAUUCGGGUUCUGAAGAAGACGGAUAGUACGGAUGAUUGGUGGGAGGGAGAGCUUCGGGGGGUUAAGGGGAGUUUCCCGGCUAAUUAUGUGGAGUGAAAAUCUAUUCCUUUAAUUUAAUAUAUCCGGAAUUUAUAAGUUAAAAGAUAAUGGAAUUGGUAUUAUACGACUUGGACUGGGAUUUGAGGCAAUUGUCCUUGGUUUGUAAUUAUCUUCGGCUGGCUGUGUGGUUGUGAAGAGACAUUUACUUGAAGCAUAUUAGGUAUCUAGUUCAA